GCAUCUUCCGUACCAGUCAAGUGGAGCCGCUUACGUUGUGCAGCAACCAGCGACAGUUUUGAACGACAGGAGGAGGGCGAAGUGUUUGUUUUCAUUUAAACCGGUGCCCAAUCGGGAGCUGCUGCUUGUUCGUCUUUGUUUUUUGCUCUAUCCGGUGUUAGGAUUAAGUGUUUUCAUGUUGUGCAAUAUACGGUGUUUGCGUGAAGACCUCCAACUGGCGAAUCCUAUCAGUUGGCCCGGAGGGUCAUCGUCCGCGACGACACCCUCUGCUCCGUUAGCGCCAACGGUUUAGAAAAUGACCGGAGAGAAGAUCCGCUCCCUGCGCAAGGACCAAAGGCCGAGCAAGGACGAGGAUCUACUGGAGCCGGACGAAGAGGCUGCGACCGGGACGUUCACCGCCUCCAAGACGACCAACAAGAGCAGAGCGAGUAAAAUCUUCAGCAAUCACAAGUUAAUCAAGUCUUCAUCCACACAGCAGCAGCAGCAGCAGCAGUCGCAGACUAAUGCCAACACCAACACGCUGUCAACAUCGGAUGUUAUCGAUGACAACAACAAGAACCCCAUUAUCCGAACCGGGCAGGACUUUCCGGUGCACGAAUGUGUGUUUAAAGGAGAUGUCCGACGCCUGUCUUCGCUCAUACGGACGCAGAAUAUCGCCCAGAAAGACGUCCACGGAAACACACCGCUGCAUCUUGCUGUCAUGAUGGGGCACAAAGAGUGUGCCCACCUGCUGCUGGCCCACAAUGCACCGGUGAAGGUGAAGAACGCUCAGGGAUGGAGCCCCCUCGCAGAGGCCAUUAGCUACGGAGACCGCCAGAUGAUCACAGCACUGCUGAGGAAGCUGAAGCAACAGUCCAGGGAGAGUGUAGAGGACAAGAGGCCCAAGCUGCUGAAAGCCCUGAAAGAGCUUGGUGACUUUUACUUGGAGCUUCAUUGGGACUUCCAAAGUUGGGUGCCUUUGCUCUCCAGAAUCCUGCCUUCAGAUGCGUGUAAGAUCUACAAGCAGGGCAUUAACAUCAGAUUGGACACUACCCUGAUAGACUUCACGGACAUGAAGUGCCAGCGCGGUGACCUCAGCUUCAUCUUCAACGGCAAUGCCAUCCCUUCGGAGUCUUUUGUUGUGCUGGACAACGAACAGAAAGUCUACCAGCGAAUACACCAUGAGGAGUCGGAGAUGGAGACAGAGGAGGAAGUGGACAUCCUGAUGAGCAGCGAUGUUUACUCUGCCACACUCUCCACCAAGUCCAUCACUUUCUCCAGGGCACAGACUGGCUGGCUGUUCAGAGAAGACAAGACGGAGCGCGUGGGAAACUUCCUGGCAGAUUUCUACUCCGUGAACGGCCUGGUCCUUGAGUCCAGGAAGAGGCGGGAGCAUCUGAGCGAGGAGGACAUCUUGAGGAACAAAGCCAUCAUGGAGAGCCUGAGUAAAGGAGGAAACCUCAUAGAGCAGAACUUUGAGCGUAACCACCAGUCCAGUCCCGAAACUGUCCUGUCCCGCUGGAACCUUGGGCCGGCGAGGAGGCAAUCUCUAACUCCCCCAUCACCCAACACUAUAUCCUGGGAAGAAUACAUCACUGCUGACAAUGGAAAAGCACCUCAUCUAGGAAGAGAGCUGGUCUGCAAAGAGAGCAAGAAAAACUUCAAAGCCACAAUAGCCAUGAGUCAAGACUUCCCUCUGGGCAUUGAAUCGUUACUGAAUGUUCUGGAGGUGAUUGCACCCUUCAAGCACUUUAAUAAACUCAGGGAGUUUGUGCAGAUGAAGCUCCCCCCCGGCUUUCCUGUCAAACUUGACAUCCCGGUCUUUCCUACGAUCACAGCCACAGUGACGUUUCAGGAGUUUCGCUACGACGAGUUUGAUGAGUCCAUUUUUACCAUUCCCAACGAAUAUAAAGAAGACCCUAGUCGCUUCCCCGAUCUUUAACCUCUCAAGCUGGAACAGGAAAUCAAUGUACAACAGGGCAAAAUUAUGCCACAAAACAUACUUUUUAAAAAUCAAAAGGAAAAACUGAGGGGAAAAAAUAAACGGUAACCGCUCCUCGACAAUUUACGGAUUCCAUCGCCCAUCCAGAAUCUGAGCACAGACGGCAACAGGACGAGCAGCGUUUGAGAAACAUGACAAAACUGGCAUCGUCAACCCUGAUGGAGGCCCAACGUGGCAGAGACAUCGAUAUCUGAUGAGUGUGACUGUCUCCUCAGUAAAAGGGCAUUGAAGUUAAAAUGAAAGACAGCCGAGCAGGUGAGUUUUCUGAAUACGGGGUGUAGGUAGAAGACAUGAAAGAGAACCAGUUCAGUUGAUGCCAUGUAUUUAAGUAUGUAAGUAAUGUUUUUAAAGGGACUGUGUUUAACUGACCUGUAGUAAAGCACUGAUACUACUGUGUGAGAUGUUGGGGAGGAAUUCCACUAAAAAUAAGUUUUUAGGUUCUUUUCCUACUUAAGUAGACUUUUUUUUUUUUUUUAAAUUCAAGGUGCAAAGUCAUUUAAGUAUUUUGAUAUAAGGUCAAUAAGACAUAAAACUGUCUAUAAUCUAAUGCACAACUCGUAGACAGGUGUACAGGGGAAUAAAAUCCCAGCUUUUCUACACUCACCUCUUGAACAUUAUCAGAUUUAGAAAUGUUCCUGAAAGGUUUAAUAAACAUUGUUCAAAUGUCACUUAAAAUUCACAAAACUGAAAAGUCAGUUUUGGAAAAUGUUAAGCUGUUACUUUUUGUAGGUUAAAAAACUAAAAAUCAGUUUUUUGUAGAAUUCCACUUUAACUCUGCACAUUAUAAAAUUGUGUGUGUGUGUGUGUGUGUGUGUGUGUGUGUGUGUGUGUGUGUGUGUGUGUGUGUGUGUGUGUGUGU